CAUUGCAAUAAGCGAAGGUGUGCCGUAGCUCCUCCGAUCACUUCUUUUCCUUUUGCUCCAUCUCUUCCAGCGCUUUCAGCAGUUCCUGAUCGUGGCGCUCCCGUACAUUGCGGAUGCACUUUUCGAUUUCGGCUCGAUGCUGCGGGUUCUCUGGCGGGUACAGUUGCCGCCUAGUAUCGGUUACCCACUUCUCGAAGUAUUCCGGCUGAUUGAACCAGUGGAACAUUGCCACCGGGAAGGUCAUAUAAAGUGCCAUUUUGCCAAUUUCCAACGCCCAUCCUCCCAUUUCGAACGGUCCGGCCGCUGCAAGUGCACAAAGUUUCGUGAAGUUCGCACGCCAGCACGAGUUUUCUUUCUGCGCGAUAGAAAACUUUAUUUUCUGCGUUGUUUAUUAACCACAAACGGCAAUCCCGGUAGUGAGCAGUGUCCAAGGCCCUCAUAAACAAUGGGUAAGAAAAAGUUUAUCGACAAAAAGACUGCGGUCACUUUCCGCCUGGUAAACCGUAGCCAGCACGAUCCGCUGUACGUGGAUGAAACGGCUCCACAGCACGUACUGGUACCGGUGCGUGUGCCGCCAAAGUACGCGAAUUUGGUUGCCAACAGUACCCGUCCGGUGGCCGAAGGGAAGAUUGAUGCGGCAAAACGGAGGAAAGAGCAAGCAAAGUACGGAAUCUUCUUCGACGACGAUUACGAUUAUCUGCAGCAUCUCAGGGAGCCGGACCGUAAUGAAGUGGUUUGGGAACCGGUAAAUGCGAAAGCUUCCACCAAGCAGCAGCCCAUCAAACCCGAAACAAAUGACGAAGAGGAUGUCCGCAUCAAGCUGCCCAGUUCGGUGUUCGCUUCCGAGUUUGAAGAAAAGGAUGGUAUCAUGAAGAAGGCGGCCGAGGUGACGCGCGGUCCCCGUCCAGACUGGGAUCCGGACGUAGUGGCCGCGCUGGACGAAGACUUUGAUUUCGCCGAUCCCGACAACGCGUUGGAGGAUAAUUUCAUGGAGCUAGCGAUGCAGCCGGGCGACGGUGAUGACGAUGAGGAUGAUGAUUUCGGCGGCGAUUUCGAUGGCGAAGGCAUGGAACAUGAGUUCGAUUCGGACGAUAUGGAUGACGCUUACUCGGACGGGGAGGAACGGGAUGGGCUGGGACCGCUCGAGGAUGGUUUCGGCAGGGAGGAAACAAAGUCACGCUUUACCGAAUACUCAAUGUCUAGCAGUGUGAUCCGGCGCAACGAGCAGCUAACGUUGCUGGACGAUCGAUUCGAAAAGUUCUACGAGCAGUACGACGACCCGGAGGUGGGACCGCUGGACUGCGAGGAAAUCGAAGGGUACGUGGAAACGAACGACGACGUACUGUUGAACUGUGCGGAAGAGUUCAAGCGCAAUCGGGAUUUAAAGCUCGAUACCGAGUUCGAGAAGCAGUGGAUCCGUGCGCGUCUUUCGAAGCUGCAAGAGGAACAGUCCGACGAGGAGGAGGUCGACAUGGUAGUGGAGGUUGGGGAGCAAAAAAAGUGGGACUGUGAAAGUAUCCUGUCCACGUACAGCAACAUCUACAACCACCCGAAGCUGAUCCAGGAACCAAGAAAGGCACGCAAAAUUCUCAUCAAUCCCAAAACGGGUCUGCCCGAAAAUGUGCUCGGUGCAGAGGGCGGUAAGCUGACGAUGAAAUCCAUUGCCAAGCUCGAACAGGGCGAAAGCGAUAAACCAACCGGUCCAAAAUCUCUCUGCGACGGCAGUGUCAUCUCCACCCUGAGCGUGCUCUCGAUCCGGCCCAAGGAUGAAACGCCCGAGGAAAAGCGUGAGCGGAAAAAGCUGCUCAAAGAGUACCGUGCCGAGCGUAGGAUAGAGCGCAAGGCAAACACACUCGCAUUCAAGCUGGAAAAGCAAAUGCAGGAAAAGAGCAAGAUUAACGGCAACGCAAUUUCGGCCCAAAGGAUCGUCUGAGUUUGGCGAGCACGGGCGAAUUGUUUUGUGAAAGCCUUUCCAUCUAUGUUACUUGUAUUAAAACUGCAGUUUGCUUUUGCUUCCAUGUAAAAAAAAUAUAUUCGCUUAAUUUUCCA